CUGGCGCCCAGGCCAAACAAAUUAUUUCGCAAAUAAAUGGAAUUUUUAGCUUAAAAUGGACGAGGAAGAGCAUCUACAUCGCUUUGGAACCCCAUUGCAGCCAUUAGAUAAGGAUGUAGUGCCGGCAAAAAAGCCUGUGGGCAUCGAGGACCAAGUUGUAAAGGACGAAAAUGGAAAACGGAGGUUCCAUGGCGCCUUCACCGGCGGCUUCAGUGCUGGCUUCUGGAACACUGUGGGCUCCCUGGAGGGCUGGACGCCGCAGACCUUCAAGAGCUCGCGGGCGGAGAAGGCAACUCCGCGGGUGCAGCUGAAACCGGAGGACUUUAUGGACAACGAGGAUCUGGGUGAGUUUGGCAUUGCUCCCCAGGGAAUUCGCACCCGCGAUGAGUUCGCCAAAGAGGACGAGCAGGAGCAACGGUCCGGGCAGCGGCGCCGCAAGCUAAUGCAGCCAGAGUUGGGAGUGGGACCCAUACCAGGUGUUCCAGUGCUGGAGCAACUCCUGCGCCCGGUGCGUGACAAAGUGGCUGUUCGGAUACUCAAGAGCAUGGGCUGGAAACCAGGCCAAGGAGUUGGUCCACGACAAACGCGUAAGGAGAAGCGUCAGGCCACUGCAAGAAACACUAGGGAGCAGUAUCUGCUGGACCACUACGGCGCCGAGGAAUUACCCGCCCAAAAAGAGACCAAUGGAGAAGACAGCAAUGCUGAGGACGAGGACGACGAAGAUAUAACCUUUGCGCCGGAUGACUAUGAGCCCAUCUUUUACGCGCCCAAAGAGAAUCGCUUUGGCAUGAGCUACUCCGGCCUCAGCCGUGAUCCCAUCCUAUCGAAGUCCGCCUCUAGCACUGCCAAGCCCAUGCAGCACAUCAAUCUCUUUGGCCAGCUGGAGGAGCAGGCUAAAAGCAAGCAACUCUCCAUUCGGGGUCAGGCCUUUGGAGUGGGAGCUUUCGAGGAGGAGGACGAGGACAUCUACGCUCGCGAUGAUAUGACCCGCUACGACUUCUCGCUGGCAGACAAGAAACCCAAGCAAAAGAAGCAGCAACAUGUCCAGCAGCGCCACGUCAUCGAUGGUUUUAGUGAGGACAAAUCGGGGGCAGCUCUUCAGAAGCCCUAUGCCAUUGAUCUGCCCAGGGACUUCCAGGCCAGGAACUGGCUACAGCGCAGGAGUCGAUUUGCUCCAAUGGACAAGGAACGAGCCAAAAAACUGGAGACAACCACGGAGUACAAGCGUUCGGGUCUGGGCAGGCACGAUCUCAAUCCCGACCAGCGGGCGCAGCUUCUGGGAGAACAGAAACAAGAGGAAAAGCCAGAGGAGGAACAGCCCAAGCGGAAUCCCUUCAAGGAUCGCGGUAAAUCAUUGCUAGAACGCAUCAAUGCCCGCACUGAGGGAUUCACUAAAGGCGGGAUAAUCACUGAAAGCGGCGAGGAGCAGCGAACUGAACUGACUAAAGAGGUCAAGGAGUCAAAUGCUGCUAUACAAGAGAAAGCUGCCCUGAAGACCAUGGAUUUGGCUCCCACAAAUUCAUCUUCUGGCGCCUUCAAACCAUUUCUGGCCGAUGAAGCCAAACAGUUGCGCUACGAAAAAUUUGUGGACUCCAAGCUAACAAAUGACACAGAGAUUACCGAAUUGCUGGCCAGCAUGCAGCCUGUCACACUGUCUCUGUGGGAUCGGGAAAUGGAGAAAAAGGAGUUCAUUCAGGCAGCAAAGAUCUAUCGCCCGUUGGUUGGCCUUAUGAACGACAGAUUCAUUUCGGAAGGCAAUGUCGAGGCAGAAAAGGCCAAGGAGCAGGAAAAGACGUCGGAGGAGCGAAAAAUAGUAAUGGAGCGAACGAAGAGCAUGUGGAAGCCCACGUCAUUGCUCUGUAAAAGGUACAAUAUAGCAGAACCCUUUGCUGGUGCCAUGCUGGAACCGGAAAAGGAACUCAAGACCAAGCCGAAGAUUUCCGUUUUCGAUUACCUGGAAACGUCGAUAAACACAAAAGCAAACUUUCAGACACCCUCUAUUAUACCCAAGCACAUAGAAAAGCCUAAACCGAAGGUAGUGGAACCCCCAGCUCUUCCUACUCCACCUCCACCAGUAGCUAAUGAGCCGGAGAAACCGCCUACGAAAGAAGAGCCUUCCAAGUUCACAUUUGUGCCUAAAACUCCGUUGGAGCAGGCUGUGGAUGAAUCCCGCGACAAACCCAUUUCAGAAAAGGUUGACCUGUUCAAGAGCAUCUUCGAUGACAGCGACGAGGAGGAGACUGUUGAGGAACCACCAGAAAACCCAGCUCAGGACAAAUUGGCUGCUCUGCAAGAGGCUUUGGGCUUGCCCUCCACGUCGACAUCUUCAGCAGCAGCACAUAAUGUCCUGAGGAACACUUCGCCUCCCAGAGGAAUCUUUGCAGCCUUGUUCAAACCAACGGAGGAGUCAGUACCCAUGGAGCAAGCUCCACCCAAGUUCGCUCCCAUCGAGGGGAAUAAGUUAAAAAUUUCGUACAAAUCGCGAGAAGAACGACUGAGAAACGAUAAGGAAUUAGCCAUGGCUGAGGUGCCGCCCGAGGAUAUCUACGGACCAAAACUGCCAGGAGCAUUUCCCCAGAAACCUGCAGCCUCAGAGGAUCGGGCAGAGGCCAGCAUCGAUGCCAAACUACAGCAGCUUUGGCAGCAGCAUGCUCCCAAAAAGCGGAAAGCUGAAAAGUGGGUGGAAAAGAAGAGCAUAUCGAGCAGCGAGGACAGUGAUAAUAGUUCCAGCGAUGAUUCCUCAUCCUCCGAUUCUUCUGGUGGCAAGGCCAAGAGAUCCAAGAAGUCACACAAGAGCUCCAGCUCGAAAAAGUCCAAGAAAUCAAAACUGAAAUCCAAGAAAAAAUCUAAAAAGAGCGACAGAUCCAAACACAAGAGCAAAAAGAAGAAGAGCAAACACUGAUUGUAAAUAUUUAAUAAACAGAAUUUUGGCUUUGACUCUUUCUUAAA